AUGGUCCAACCAACGUCCGCCGCCAACACGGCCGUCGGCGCAUCCUCUUCCUCAUCGCGACCCCAUACACCGCGAACUUCUCAAACCCGUCGCGCUCCCCGACCACAGCGAACUACCUCGUCCGGUUCAUUCCACGCUGGCGCUCCGUUCCCCCAGUUCAACACCCCCUACGAUGACCCUCGUCACGCAUCCGACAACUCUCGAAGAACCUCGGUUGCCUCGUUACGUCCCAUGCGACGGCAGUCCACCCACAAAUACCACACCUUUCCAACCCAACCGCCCAAGACUCCCUCUUCACCACCGAGAAACGACCCAUGGAGCGCAUAUGCCCAACAACGACACGGUGGUGGCGAUGACGAUGGAAGCACAUCGGGUACAUCACAAGGAGAAGGCGACGCCGCCACACCGCUGCCAUGGAAACAACUGGGCCUCCUAGCCUUGUUGUCCUUGGCCGAACAGACAGCGCUCAACUCCAUUAGUCCAUACCUGCCGACCAUGGUGGCUUCUUUUGACGAGAUUCCCGAUGGUGACGAAGGAUUAUACGUUGGUCUUUUGGCGUCUGCAUUCGCUCUUGCCCAACUGGUGACGAACCUGUUCUGGGGCUACCUCUCGGAUCGCAUCGGUCGCAAACCGGUUAUGCUGGUCGGCACCCUUCUGCUGAUGGGCUGCUUUGUGUUCUUUGGGUUCUGCAAGACAUACGUCCAGCUGAUUCUGGUGCAUAUUGCUAUGGGAUUGCUCAAUGGAAAUGCCGCUGUGGUGCCAACGGCGCUGGGAGAGGUCACAGAUCGCACAAAUCAGAGCAGAGCCUUCACUUGGCUUCCAGUCAUGUACAGCCUCGGCAGCAUCACAGGUCCUGCUCUUGGUGGUCUGCUGGUUGGCACCGUUGGGGCCGACAAGUACCCAUUCCUUGGCCCUAACCUUCUAAGCGCAGGCUUCCUGUUCCUCGCCGUCGUCGUUCUCACCAUCUGGUUCCGGGAGACAUUGGAGAAGGACGAGGAGGAAGACGCCAGCGACUACACCACCAUGUUCAACAAGGCUCGCAUCCUCUUCGCCGGCUGCUUGGGCAGAUCUAAGAAUUCCAACAACAGCAACGAGGACGAAGCCCUCCUCGGCCAGGAAAACGACGACGCCACAAGCGCCAAGGACGUCGCCUCAGACCAAAAGUCCGCUUUCCGCCAACUUGCCAACCGCACAACUCUAAUCUUGUUGUGUACCUACCUCGUCUUCCAACUAACCAACAUCUCCUUCAACUCACUUUACCCCAUUUUUGCCUCCGCCCCGCCACCCAACGGCCGUAACUUGGGUCCCAGCAUCAUUGGAAUCAGCCUGUCCUUGGCAGGUUUGGCUACCAUCGUUUUCCAGGCCUUCGUUUUUCAACCGCUCAAGGCACGCGUGGGAAACAUGGGUACUUACAGAUACUCCCUUCUGGGAAUGGCCAUUGCCAUGGCGCUCAUGCCCUGGAUAGGCUACGUCGACCAGAAGAAGACGUGGUUCGGGAUUGGGUCUGGCAAGGGUUGGUUGUACGGCGAGCUGGGAGUCAUUCUGUUACUCAAGAAUAUUUGUGCAAUUGGUGGCUUGAGCAGCGUGAUGCUUUUGAUUACAAACUCUGCCCCAUCCCACGAGUCCCUCGGCACCCUCAAUGGCAUUGCGCAAACUCUAUCCGCUGCUGGUCGUAGCGUAGGCCCCUUCAUCUCCGGCGGACUUUUCACCCUGACGAAUCAUGUCCAGCCCAAGGGAGAGGCGAUCGCCUGGGGCGUCUUUGCUGGUAUUGCUCUUCUUGGGUGGUUGGGCACGCUAAUGAUCCGCGGAAACGGACUUGAGAGCGCCGACUGGCAAGGUGAGGAGGAUGAGGAGGAUAACGACGAGGAGGCCGCCACUGAUUCGGCCCGGUGA